UUCAGUUGUCCCGGGAAACCCGCCUCGUACGGGUACUCAUUGUUAGUUCAAAACACUUUUAUGUGGAAAGACAUCUGUAUGUUCGGAUACACGUCUCAGCCCUGGCGCGCUUACCUCAGUGAGACGAAUCAGAAGCUAGCCCCGACCGCAGGAGUUCAGAUAAAUAGUAAGUUAGUUAACUCGCUUAAGCAGUGUUGAGCCGCGGUGGAAGAUUAUAGUUCGGCGGUUAUUUCAGAUCCAACAUGACUCAGCAAGCUGCUGCUCUGCAGACCUACAACAAUGAACUGGUUAAGUGUAUCGAGGAGCUGUGCUCCAAGCGGGAGGAGUUGAACAGUCAGAUCAAGCAGGAGGAAGAGGAGAAGGUCCGGCUGCAGCACGACAUCCGCGUCCUCUCAGAGAAGCUGUGCAGAGUCAACGAGAGCCUGGCUCAAAGACUCGCCGCCCGCUCCACUUUUGACCGAACCAUCGCAGAGACAGAGGCUGCAUACACCAAGAUCUUGGAGAGUUCCCAGUCUCUACUGAGCGUCCUGAAGCAGGAGGCAGGAAACCUCAGUAAAGCCACAGAGCCCCGGAGGAAGGACCACUGAUGGCAAUGAACUCUCGUUCUGACCACAACAGCAACACUUGACUCUGCACUUUUAACAGUUUAUACUCCACUCCGGACCAAUUGUAAUAUGUUUGACUGAUUUAUUGUAAGUUACUGAAACUAAUAAAUGUUUCUUAUCACUCCCA